UGAGCAGGCUGGAGAGAGCCAGUUCUUAAGUUACAGGGAGGACGCCGGACAGCGGCUGUGGAGUAGUCUAGCUGGGUGCAUUUCGGUCCUCUCCUCCCUGGCUGGGCCCGAGACUCCCCCAGGGCCAGCGGGGACUGGCGGGACAGCGGGGACGGGGGCUGUAGCAUGGGACAGGCCAUCCGCCUGGAGACCGCGUCCGAGGACCCUGCUCCACACACCGAUGAUGAAGUCGACCACCAGCACAGCACGACGGGGAGCGAGGGGGGCAUCUCGGGGGACAGCACCCCGCCCACCAAGCGCAAGGGCAAGUUCUCCAGCUUCGGCAAGAUCUUCAAGCCCUGGAAGUGGAGAAAGAAGAAGAGCAGCGAGAAGUUUAAGGAAACUUCAGAAGUUCUGGAAAGAAAGAUGUCGAUGAGGAGGUCUCGGCAGGAGCUGAUCGAGAAGGGAGUGCUGAAGGAGGUUCCAGACAACGAGGGAGACGACUCGCACGGCUCCAAGCUGCCCUACGUGAAGAACGGCCACACGGUUCCCGUCAGCGCCGGCGGCGGCCGGGGGCCGGACCAGGGGCGGGACCAGGGGCGGCCCCCCUCAGACUCGGACUUCAGGGCCAACCCCUCCUGGCUGCCGCAGGGCGAGGACAGGCGGCUGCGCGUCCCCUCGGACGGGGACCGCAGGGGGGGCCCGGGUCCCCGGGGCCCCGUGCAGGAGGAGGGGCGGGAGGGCAGGCGCGGCCGGCCCCUGGCGGAGGCCGAGAAGAAGCCCGGCCUGCAGUGGCAGGGGGAUGAGGGCCGCCGAGGGGGGAGACCCCACCCCCACCCCGAUGCCGACAAGAAGCCCGUCCUGCAGAAGGCCCCUUCGGAGGACGGGCGGCGGACGCGCCCCCCCUCGGACGCUGAGCGGAAGACCCUCCCCCGUCACUCCUCGGCCGAAGAGGGCAGGGCACGCCGAGAGUCUAACGGAAGUGAAGCGCCGCGGGACACUCUGAGAGAGCCCCUGCCCCCGAAACAGGCCAUCCUGCCCCCCAAGUGGCUGGUGAGCUCCACCCCGGAGCCGGGCAGUGAGGGGGCGCCCCGAAACACGCCCACCUCCGCGCCCUCCUACUCCUCCUCCUCCUCCUCGGGCUCGUCGUCCUCCUCCACGUCCUCGGCCGCAGUCGCCACCGCCAAGCCCGCCCGGACCGUUCCCUCCGCCGCCGCCGCCAACCCCCCAGCCACGAGCGGCGGGCCCCUCCCCAUCGCCCCCUCUUCGUCCUCCUCUUCCUCCUCGGCCACGCCCGCCGUCCCCCAGCAGACCAAGCAGCCGCCCAUCCCGCCGCCCAAACCCAUCAACCGCAACAGCAACCCAGCACUGCUAGGUUCCUCGGCGCUGGUGGGAGCCACGGACGCUCAGAGCCAGAGCGCCGAGGGCUCCCGGGUCGACCCGUUCGCGCCGGCGCCGGCGCUGCACAGGGGCGAUAACAUGCACCUGCCCCUCUACUGGUCCUGCUGGAAGCGCGAGGGCGAGUAUGACGUCUACCUGUCCCUGCCGGUCUACCUGUGCCGACGGGCCGGAGCCCCCCGCCCAGCGGAGCUGUCCCAGGCGGCCGGAGGGGUGAACCUCGUCCCAGCCAAGCCCUCCCCUCCCAUGCCCCCGAAGCGGACCACCCCUGUCACCAAGCGCAAUUCGGACGACCCCUCCUCGGCCGGCCUGCCUGUCCCCGUGCCCCUCCCCAUCCCGGCCACGCUGUCCGAGGAAGACUGCAGCAUUGGGGGGUUCCAGCUGCCCCCGCCCCCACCCUCCCCUCCGCUGCCCACCCACGUGCCCCCGUCCCCACCCCGCUCCCACCCCCACCCCCACCCCCACCACCUCCCCCACCAGCACUCCUACCCCCACCCCCUCCCGCAGCCCAUCCCCGCCCACUUCGACCCCCCCAGCCCCACCUCGGAGCCGCCCCGUCAGCCGCCCGCCAUUCCGCUGCACAUCAUGAUCCAGAGGGCCCUGACCAGCCCCGGGCCGGCCGUGCCGAACCCCGACGGCUCCCAGCGCGCCCACUCCCUGCUGUUCGAGACCCCGCCGGAGUACCAGGGCGACCGCGCCCGCUCACUGCCUGUCACCAUCCAGCCCCUCAAGCUGGCUGAGGAUGACUACUCGGAGGAGGAGGACGAGGAGGAGCCCCCCCCGGAGCACCUCCCUCCCCCCCAGCCGGAGCUGGAGCCCAGGAGCCGGAGGUGCCUGGUGGGUGACCUGAGCGUCAGCAUCAUCCCGGAGGUGGGGGGUCCCGAGAGCAGCGAGGAAGAGGAGGAGGAGGAGGAGGAGGAGGAAGAGGAGGACGAGGAGGAGGAGGAAGUGCCACAGGACGAGGACAGCGACUCUGAUGGGCCGGUCCUUUACAAAGACGACGACUCUGAUGAAGAUGAAGACGAAGAUUGCCCUCCCAGUGGGCUGGCCAGCAGGGUGCAGAGGAAGGACACCCUCGCCCUGAAGCUGAGCAGCCGGCCCUCGGCCCCGGACCGGCAGGCACGGGAUGAAGCGGCGUUGUCCUGGCAGAGCAGGGAGCAGUGGGAGGCCGUCCGCACACAGAUCGGCACCGCGCUCACCAGGCGACUGAGCCAGAGGCCCACUGCAGAAGAACUGGAGCAGAGAAACAUCUUACAACCCAAGAAUGAGGCGGACAGGCAGGCAGAAGUGAGGGAGAUCAAACGCAGGCUCACCAGGAAGCUGAGCCAGAGGCCCACCGUGGCGGAGCUGCAGGCCCGGAAGAUUCUCCGCUUCCACGAGUACGUGGAGGUGACCAAUGCCCAGGACUACGACCGGCGCGCCGACAAGCCGUGGACCAAGCUGACGCCCGCCGACAAAGCUGCCAUUCGCAAGGAGCUCAACGAGUUCAAGAGCUCCGAGAUGGAGGUCCACGAGGACAGCCGAAUCUACACAAGGUUCCAUCGCCCUUAGUGUUCCCCUUGACUGGGAACAGAAGCACUUAAAGACGGUUGAAGGAAAACCAAACAUUUGCGAUUCUGACGUGGCGUUGCGGGGACUUGGUGCUCCCAUGAAGGACUGCCUUGUCGAUUUUUUUCUUCUGAAUGUACAGUAGCAACCAUCAGGAAACCCUGGAACCAGACAAUGAAGACCACUCCCUCAUCAAGUAUUUUACAACUGCUAAUGACCACGAUGGCCACGCCAGUCAGGUUUGAAGGAUGAAUGCAGUAUUUCUCCCAGGACUUUUUUUAGGGAGAACCCUGUGCCAAGACAGAGCCGAGAUGGGGGGAGGCUCCCAGGCUGCAUCCUACUGCUCAGCCACCAGGGGGCGCCGUGGCUUUGCUCAGGGACUCCAGCCCCUUUUGCGGCCUGUGUCCCCUCUCUCUCCCCCUCUCUGGGGAACGUUCGGAUGGCCUUUUUUUCUGCUUUUAUUUUGUACCGAACAUUUGAUUCUCUUUUAUCCUUGAUCAGGAAACGUAAUAACUAACGACAAUAGGUAUAAUAACGUUGGCGACAAUAAUAGCAAUCGCUGUAAUAAUAACUGUAAUAAACUGAAUAAGGUGGAGAGACAGCGAGGAGAGGAAGAUCAUGACAUAUCGUGAAGAGAGGAGGAGGAGGAGGAGGUGCUCUGGGAAAAAUUGUGUAUUUGUGUAAGUGUGUGUAUAGAUUGCUGUAAUUUGCAUAGCCUAAUAACCUGGAACGUUGUAAUAUUGAAAACUUCUUUAAUGCACAAGGUUUAAUUUUUUUUUUUUUUGUAUGAUUUUUAAUUUUGGAUCACAUCUGAAAUGACGGCUUUGGUUGGGAGGUAUUCUAGAAUGACAGAUUCGGUGACCACCGGAGUGUAGACUGAAAGGAGGAAGGGAGGUCUGUUUCGGAGUGCUCUCCUCGGCUGUCUGCCAUACCAGUUCAUGUCCAGUCUUAACAUAGAAUGUAGCCUUUGUGCAUCACCUGCCCAGUGGUGUUAAACUCAGUGUGUAAGCCGGCAGCGUUACUAAAUGCAAUCAGAUAUGCCCAUUAAGUGCUUUCAACUGUGAAUUUUGUGUUCUUGCUCUUUUUUUUUUAAACAAUAAUUUUACUACAACCCCAUAAACGUUUUCAGAAGUGCUGACUGACAAAGCCUGCUUAAUUGGUGAAGGAGCAAGGCACCUUAUAAUAAAAAAAAACAAAAAAAAAAACAUG